AUGGUGAUGUUCUGGGAGCCUGUAGGAGCCUGGUUGGCGCUGGCCCUGGCCCUGGGCGCCAGCACUGGUGAAGCAGCCCCACGGCAGGACUGCACAGGUGUCGAGUGCCCACCGCUGGAGAACUGCAUCGAGGAGGCGUUGGAGCCGGGCGCCUGCUGUGCCACGUGCGUGCAGCAGGGUUGUGCCUGCGAGGGCUACCAAUACUAUGACUGCCUGCAGGGUGGCUUUGUGCGUGGCCGUGUACCCGCAGGCCAGUCCUACUUUGUGGACUUUGGCAGCACUGAGUGUUCCUGCCCACCAGGUGGCGGCAAGAUCAGUUGCCAGUUCAUGCUGUGCCCUGAGCUCCCACCCAAUUGCAUUGAAACUGUUGUGGCAGCUGACAGCUGCCCGCAGUGUGGCCAGGUGGGCUGUGUGCAUACUGGCCGCAAGUAUGCUGCUGGUCACACAGUACACUUGCCACCAUGCCAGGCCUGCCACUGUCCUGACACCGGUGGUGAGCUCAUCUGCUACCAGGUCCCCAGUUGCCAUGGAGAUGCCAAGGCCAUGCCCACUGCCACCAGUGGGAAUUUCUCAGAUGCUGAGGAGAGUGAACCUGAGCGGCACUAUGAAGACCCCUACAGUUAUGACCAGGAGGUGGCUGAAGCAGAAGCUGUAGUGGCUUUGGCAGGCGAGCUUCAGGCAAGCACAGGAGCCCCAGCCACCCUGGGAGGAGGAAGUCAGCCACUGUCUGCCAUCCAGGCCACACCUUGGCUGGCCGUUCUCCUCAGGCCAACAGCGGCUGCUGCCCUGGGUCCGCCAGCUCCUGUUCAAGCCAAAGCCAGGAGAGUUAUGGAGGACAGCCAGGUGGCUGGGGGGGAGGAGAGAGAGGACAUCGCUGUCAGGGAGCCACUGGCAGCAGGUGGCCUCAGGGGGCUUGAUGCGCCUCCCAGUGCAGGCCCAGCCAGGCUCAGUCACCCUGUGCAAGAGGAGAAGUCAGAUGCUAGGGCAGGGCCUGAAGAUAAUCUUAUCCCAGAUGCCCAGGCCAUGCCACAAAGUACUGGACAGGGGGGAGCCAGCCCCAUGCUGGGGUCAAGCACAGCCAGUUUCCUCCAGUCUCAGGCCACAUCAAGUUCUCCCGGAAAUCCAACAAAGCCCAGCAGCCACACCAUCCUGACCACACCUCCCCAUGAGGCCACCCAGGUCCUACCUAUCCAGGAAGUGCCCAACCAGCCACCAGCUCUGCCCCAUCUUCGGCCAGAGGAAGACACUGACCCCAACUCUGUCCAUUCUGUCCCCAAAGGUGACCCUGAAGCAAUGCUGUGA